UUUGCUUUCAAUCAAAUAAAAGAUGAGUAAAAAAAGAAAUUAUAGACGGAAACAAGCUGUGCAUGAUGAUGAGGAUGAAGAAGAAGCCGACAUUGUCUUAACAUCUAUUGAGGAACGAAAAGAAUUGCAGAAAUUCCGUUCCAGACCUAAAGGAGUAAGUGCGGAAUCUCUGUUGGUUGGCAAAAAAGUAGAAAUAGUUCCUGAAACAAAGCAUGAUGACCCAUUCAAGUUAAAAUCUGGUGGUGGAUUGACCGAAAUGAGUGUAUCUAAAGAAAGAGAUCUCACAUCAAUAGGAACUAACUUUUCAUCAGAAACCAACCAAAGGGAUGAAGAUGUUGAGCUGCUAAAAUAUAUCGAGGAAGGGCUACGUAAAAAGAAAGGAGAGCAGACAGACACGGAUGAAGAACGUGCUCUUACGAAGGAAGACUUAUUGUAUCAGUUACCAGACAACAUUAACGUCAAGUCAAAAAUUAUGAAAUCUGAAGAAAUGUUGUCAAGUCAAAUGUUGUCUGGAAUUCCAGAAGUAGAUUUAGGAAUCGAGGCAAAGAUUAAAAAUAUCGAAGCAACGGAAGAGGCUAAAAUGAAGAUUCUCGAAGACAGUAAAAAUCAAAAACAACAAACGUCGUUUGUUCCGACAAACAUGGCAUCGAACUUUAUGCAUCAUAGUAGAUUCUACGACGAAAAGCAAGCCUUCGACAAGGAAAAACGAAAAGAACAACAGAAGAAAUUAGAACUACAGAACAGUGUUGUUGAUAAGGGUCCAACCGUGGGAGGUGAAAUUGUUGAAAACGCGAUUGAUACGAAAUUCAUGAAAAAAGUUAUGAGUUCAAAUGAAAUCAAAAAAAGAAAUAAACCUGAUACUACCGAUGAUUACAUGUUUGAAAAGUUUAAGAAGAGAGCUAAAGAAGGUGGCUGGAGGUAGUGAAUGUUGCGUAUAGCCUGACUCUUUAGGCGAAGUGUGUGAACAGUAGCUGCAUCAAAAAGAUUCCUUAAAAAUGUGAUUUAGCCGUAGUGGCAUGUUAGGGCUGUCUUUGAGUUGGACAUGCUUAACAAGUACAAUAAAUCAAUAAAUUACGAAGAACUGGAAAACAGAUUUUAAUGAUCUUACUGUACAAAUUGUAUUUAUCAGAAAUUGUUGUUUAUGUGAUAUCUAGUACAAUU